AAUGAGAAAAUUUGAUCUCUUCAAGGGGUGUAAACCAUUAAAUACCCAACCAUUCUGUCCUGUAGGAUGGGGCUCCUAGAGUGGAGAUUCCACAAGUCUCAAAUAUCGAACCACGGUAGCAAGUGAUCCACUUUCUGCUGUUACUGUCCUGAAGCCAUGGAUCAACCGAAGAUGAUGCGGAGAGGUAGGGCGGCAGUAGUAGUUCUUGGGGAUAUCGGCCGCAGUCCCCGAAUGCAAUAUCACGCUCUUUCUCUAGCUCGCCAGGCUCAUCUAGAGGUGGAUAUUGUUGCAUAUGGAGGUUCUGACCCCCAUUCUGCUGUUUUAGAGCAUCCCUCUAUUCACAUUCAUAGAAUGACACAGUGGCCAUCAACCCCUCAAACAUUAUCCAAGAUGCUACGUCCUUUUAUUCUCAUGCUCAAGCCAUUGGUUCAGUUUGUGAUGCUUUUGUGGUAUCUCUGUGUCAAAAUUCCUGCUCCUGAUGUAUUCAUAGUGCAGAAUCCUCCAUCUGUUCCUACAUUGGUUGUUGUAAAAUGGGCAAGCUGGUUUAGGCGUUCUGCCUUCGUAAUAGAUUGGCAUAAUUUUGGAUACACCCUCCUUGCAUUGUCUCUUGGCAGAAACAGCCGAUUUGUCACACUUUAUAAUUGGAUUGAAAAGCACUAUGGGAGGAUGGCAAACGGGUCAUUGUGUGUUACAAAGGCAAUGCAACAUGAAUUGGCUCAAAACUGGAGUAUAAAUGCCACUGUUCUGUAUGAUCAGUCUCCUGAAUUCUUUCGACCUGCAUCCCUUGAGGAGAAACAUAAGUUGUUUUGUAGGAUUAAUAAAAGCCUAAGAGAGCCAUAUGGCCGCCAAGAUUGUCUGAGCAAUGACAAUGUUGACUCAGAUAUAACUCCUUUUACAACUCAGACCGGAAAGGAUAUAUACUUGAAGCAAAACAGACCAGCUGUCAUUGUCAGCAGUACAAGCUGGACCCCAGAUGAGGAUUUUGAAAUCCUCUUAGAAGCAGCUGUCAUGUAUGAUAGACGAGUUGCUGCAAUUUUGAAUGAGGAUGACUCGCAUGAGAAGGAGCUUGUUUGGCAUGAAAUUAUGCACGGGAAACAAUUUUUGUUCCCAAGGUUGUUAUUCAUAAUUACCGGAAAAGGACCUGAAAAGGAAAAAUAUGAGCAAAAGAUCAGAAAACUGAAUCUCAAGCGUGUGGCAUUCCGUACAAUGUGGCUUGCAGCAGAGGAGUACCCAUUUCUUCUUGGAUCAGCUGAUCUUGGUGUUUGCCUUCACACUUCUUCUUCGGGUUUGGAUCUUCCGAUGAAGGUUGUGGAUAUGUUUGGGUGUGGAUUGCCAGUAUGUGCAGUUUCCUACUCUUGUAUUAUGGAGCUUGUAAAAGUGGAGCAGAAUGGGUUGCUUUUCUCGUCAUCAUCUGAACUAGCAGAUGAACUUAUGAUGCUAUUCAAGGGCUUCCCAGAGGAAUGCAACUUGUUGAAAUCGUUGAGGAAGGGGGUACUAGAAACAAGAUGCUGUGCAAAAUGGGAUUCAGGAUGGGAAGAGAAUGCCAAGCCUUUAAUAACCCAGGAAAGUUCAAUUCUUCUCUCCCUCUGUAACUAUUUAUUGGUCGCGUGAAUAUGUUUUUAGUUCCUCCAAAUAUAUCAUAUUUUGUUGUAGAUCCCAACUUAUGUUUUUUGUUUACAUAAUCUAAAAUUAAACAUUCUUUGGAAGGACUUAGAAACAUAUUUAAGCCAUACACUACCAGAAAAGUGCCAAAUUGGCACGGCUUUUGGCACGGCAGCUUUCAGUUUUUUGUCCUGCCUACAGGUUUUUGCACGGCAUUGGCACAAACACCGAAUCUGUGCCACCUGCGGCCUUCCAAAUCAAAUGGCACGCUUUAUAUAUGUCGUGCCAAAUGUAGGCACGACGUCUGGCACGGACACGACACAGCCAAAAUUAAUAAACUCAUCAACGCCAUCAGUAAACUCUUUGGUUAACCCUCUACCAUUCUCAACAUAUCUAUUGUACAUCCAACCUCUUAUUUGUCUAUACAUUGUGCAUGAACGAUAUAAUGAACACAUCAUUGAUACUAAUUAGGUGUACACAUUAUAAUAUAAUGAAAAUAUCACACAUAAUAAUAACAUCACUAUUUUUAACUACUACUUUUUAAAAUUAGUGUGUGAAUUAAUUUAAUGCAUGCUACUAUACAAUAUUAAAAGAUAAUUAAAAAACAAUCUAACUAAAGAAUUAGAGCUUAAUUAAGUUAAAAAAGCAUAAUAAGAAAAACAUACCUAAAAACGGACACAAUAUAUAAAUUCUUUCAGAAAAUCCAAUGCACAACGUUCUCUUCAACAUCCACAUGUAGCAUCAGCAACAUCUCUUUGCAAGUCCGUGUUCAUCAUCAUCAUUACCCCAGUGCCGCAAAGGCUCCCACUUACGGUGGGGUAAGGGGAGCUCGGAUGUACGGAGCUUUACCCAUGUACUAAAGUACAGUGAGACUGUUUCCGUAUGACCCAAAGUGAAAAUCGCGUCGAAAAUAGGAUAGAUUGACUGCUACUUCAUUAACAAAGAAGCGCAGACAGUUUUAGGGGUGGGCAAAAUUACCGAACCGGCAUGGUACCGAACCGGACCGGUAUGGCACCGGACCGGAAAACGGGGUUCCAAACGGUUCUAAAAAAUUUUGUCCCGAACCGAACUCUACCGGUUCCAAAUCAUGCCAUGACCGGUUCUCAUAAAAUGAGAACCGAUACUGGACCGAACCGGACCGAAUUAUAAUUUCAUUAAUUUAUACUCCCUCCGUUCUUUUUUAGUUGUAACGGUCAACACUUCAAAUUUACCAACUCACGUCUUUGACCGUAAUUAUAUCUUAAUUCUAUUAGUACAAAACUAUUAAAAAUCAGAUUUUGAAAAUUUGCAAUGAGAUGAAUUGAAUAAUAUUUUUUUGAAAAAAUAAUUUUCAUAAAAUAAUAGCGUAAAAUGUAAUCAAAGUAGAGCAUGUGAAUAGUGUAAAAUUCAACAUGUUGCGAUUAAAACACAGCGGAGGAUAUUAUAAUUUUAUAAUCAUAUACUCCGUAUACAUGUAUAUCAUAUUAUCAUUACUUUGAUUACUCAUUUGCACUUUGCUAAUUGGUAGUUCAGUGCAAGCUGCCUGCAGGAGCACUAUUACAUCCAUUAGUGAUUUUAAUCUAUGACAUCCAUAAUAGUGAUUUUGGAUGUAAUGGAUUAUAAUCUAUUACAUCCAUAAUUGUUAUUAGUUACUCCCUCCGUCCCAUAUUUAUCUUCGUAGUUCGGUUUACGAUGCUUGACUGACGAUAAAGCAACUUGAUCCCUGUUCACACUCAGAUUAUUUUUAGUAAAUUAAAUUUACAUAUUCAGAAACUACAUUAAAUCUGCUACAAAGUCUGAUCAAGAAAAUUUAAGUUUGAUAAAAAUUUGAUAUAUAAAGUAAAGAAUUAAGAGUAAUUUGAGUUGACCAUGUGAAUAGUAACUAUGAAGAUAAAUAUGGGACGGAGGGAGUAUUACAUUUUGUAAUAUUGUAGUUUAUAUGAAAUUCAUUAUCUAUGUAAUAUGAAAAUUGAUAAUUGUGUGGAUUUUUGGAUGAUGACUAAGUUUAAUUUGUCGAAAAAGUGGCAUUGUUUGGUAUUGGUAUGACAUGCCGGAAUGGUACCGGACCGUUUGAAAAUGGAACCGUACCGAACGAGUUUAGGUCUAAGAUCGAACCAAACCGAACCGAACCGUUUCAAUAGUAACGGUCCGGGUACGGGUUCGGUAAAAUAUUGGACCGAACCGGACCGGACCGCGUCCACCGCUAGACAGUUUAGUGAGUCAUUUUGCUUUAUUCCAUCAUAUUCUCAAACCAAAAAAUAGUGAAGUCUUUGGCUCCAUUGCAAGUGAUAGAAAACAAAUCCAUAUUCAUCAUUCUAUAUUGUUAACUAUGAAGAAAAAUUGAGCGAGUACAAAACUGAAAAUGGAUAGGUAUUUAUAAAUAAUGUUGCAAGGACCCCUUGGCACAGAGCUAACCUACCUCCCAAUGGCUACAUAAUUGGCAUGCCUAUGGCAACGGUAACUUUUUGGCACGGCCUUAGGCACGGCCUUAGGCACGGCAUUUGGCACGCCCAUGACAACGGUAACAUUUUGGCACAAAAAGUUGGGGAGCAUGCUUUGGCAUCGCCAAGGCCGUGCCAAGGCUAUAACGGCAACGGUGCCAGGUUUCAUAGCCGUUUAUUUCGGACGGAAUUUGGCACAGACAUUGCGACAUUGGCAUGGCUCUCCCGUGCCAAAUGUGGAGUCAGCUACUCUGCCCACGAUUUUUUGGACUAAGUUAUGCCUAUUGCUGUGCCAAACAUGGCAGGCAUGCCUGACGUGCCAAUUUGCCGUGCCAAAAACGCACUUUUUUUGGUAGUGAUAUUUAUAUUUUGGACAUCUCAACUAUUAUAAAAUUCAACUUCUCUUGGUAUUUUAUGAAUUUGAUGGCCUUUCUACUUCCCUGGGUUGCUCUCAGAAACAUAUCUGAACUGUAUUAAUAGGCGUUGCAGGUCAUCUCUCAGUGUGUUGGCUGAAAUUUGGGAGGAUGAGAGAUGGAUAACCUUAGGCACAAGUUCGGAACUUCAGAUUAUAUGGAGGAUAGUGCAUAAUAUGAUGUUACAUAGUACAUACCAGGAGUAUGUUUUAGUACUUUGCUAAACAUUUAUUCAAGUUAUUUAUUACAAAUUUGGCAAUCGAAACAUAUACGAAGUAAUUGUUAAGAUAAAACUUGCUGAAAUUUAAAAUAUCAUCAAGUGAAUUAUUUAUUUAUAAGCACCAGGAAAAAAUACACAUUCAUUACAGU